AUGUCACUUUCGAGAACACCUCCUAAUGAAGCUGCUGCUUCAACUUCCGUUUUACCUGUUAACGCAGAAUUUGAAUCUGUAGUUGUUUCAGAGUCGGAGACUAAUUGUCAGAUUUGUAAUAAUUUGAUGGCAGAAAAUGACGAUUGUUUAAAUAUUACAAAUUGCAAUCAUUCGUUUCACCGUUCGUGUAUUGAAUUUUAUUUAACCAAUAACACAGAAUGUCCUAUAUGUAAACGUCCCUGUGAACUAGUAGAUCUGAAGAAACUGAAUCCUGUAAAUAAACAAAAUCCUACGUUAAAACAGAUCACAGGAAAGCGAGGAAGAGGAGCAAUGGCUAAACGAUACAACACUCGUAGCCAUGUUAGAAACCAUUUUCAAGAGAGCCAACGUCCGUCACAUGAAUUCAAUAAUGUAGCUAAUGACUCGGAGGAAGUUUUUACUCCAGGGCAAGUUAAUCGUCCAAGUUUAGAAAAUUCCCCAAACAUUGAAAAUCCUUCAAAUGCUAGACUUUCUAGAAACGCAAGAGCUACUGUAGAUUACGAAAAAUUAAAUCAAAUGAUUGAAAACAAUCUCACUCGUUACUGA